AUGAAUAUUGCGACUCGUGCCCAAAAAUGCUCGGGAAAGCGGUUCUUCAGCUUGUCCCUGCUCAGAAAUCAGGAAGUUAAACUCAAUAAGUUCUCUUCUAUUAUCACACAACCCAAGUCUCAAGGUGCUUCUCAGGCAAUGUUGUAUGCCACGGGAUUUACCAAGGAAGAUAUGAACAAAGGUCAAGUCGGUGUUGGAUCAUGCUGGUGGUCAGGUAACCCAUGUAACAUGCAUUUAUUAGACCUCAACAUGACCUGUACAGAGUCCGUCAAGAGAGCUGGUCUGAAAGGUAUGCAGUUUAACACCAUCGGUGUCUCUGAUGGUAUUUCCAUGGGAACGAAGGGAAUGAGAUUUUCCUUACAAUCCAGAGAAAUUAUUGCUGACUCUUUUGAAACUAUUAUGUUGGCUCAGCAUUAUGAUGCCAAUAUUGGUAUCCCAGCUUGUGAUAAAAAUAUGCCCGGUGUUCUGAUGGGUUUUGCUAGACAUAACCGGCCUUCAAUUAUGGUUUACGGUGGUACCAUCCAUGCGGGUAAACCAUCUCACGUCACUGACAAAGUUCCCGAAAAGAUUGAUGUGGUCAGUGCUUUCCAAAGUUACGGUCAAUUCAUCUCCGGUCAGAUCACCGAGGAGCAAAGAGAGGAUAUUGUAGCCCAUUCAUGCCCAGGACCCGGAUCUUGUGGUGGUAUGUACACUGCCAAUACAAUGGCAUCCUGUGCUGAGGUGAUGGGUAUGUCUCUUCCAUUGUCAUCAUCUUCUCCGGCCAUAUCCAAGGAAAAGCAGGAAGAAUGUGAGAAUGUUGGUUUUGCUAUCAAAAAGUUGAUGGAAUUGCAAAUCCUUCCAAAGGAUAUCAUGACCAAAGCAGCUUUUGAAAAUGCCAUCACCUAUGUCAUUGCCACUGGUGGUUCGACUAAUGCAGUUUUGCAUUUAAUUGCUAUUGCCCACACUGUUGGGGUGGAAUUGACAAUCGAUGACUUCCAAAGAAUUUCUGACAAGACCCCAUUUUUGGCUGAUUUCAAGCCUUCUGGAAAGUACGUCAUGGCUGAUUUACAGAAAUACGGAGGUACUCCAGCUGUUACCAAAUACCUGCUAAGAAACGGUUUGAUUGAUGGAGACUGUAUAACAGUCACGGGAAAAACCGUCAAGGAGAACAUGGAGAACUUUGCUGACUUGCCAUUAGAGCAGGAUAUUAUCAGACCACUAUCCAACCCUUUGAAGCCUACAGGUCACUUACAAAUCCUGAAGGGUUCUUUGGCCCCUGGUGGAUCGGUUGCCAAGAUUACCGGUAAGGAAGGUACAUUUUUUGAAGGUAAAGCCAAAUGUUACAAUGAGGAAACAGAUUUCAUUGAAGCUUUGGAAAGAGGUGAAAUCAAGAAGGAUGAGAAGACUGUCGUCGUUAUUAGAUACGAGGGACCUAGAGGUGCUCCAGGUAUGCCUGAGAUGUUGAAGCCCUCUUCAGCUCUUAUGGGUUACGGUCUAGGUAAAGACUGCGCUCUCCUUACUGAUGGUAGAUUUUCUGGUGGAUCUCACGGAUUCUUAAUUGGUCACAUCGUACCUGAGGCUUGGUCAGAUGGAGCCAAGGACCCAGCUCACGCAAAUUACUAUGUCGACGGUGUUGCUCCUAUUGCCCUGGUUGAGAACGGUGAUGUGAUUACUAUUGACUCUGAUAACAAUACUAUAGACAUAAGAGUCGAGAGAUCCGAACUAGAGGCCAGAGCAAAGAAAUUCACUCUUCCAGACAAGAGAAUUAGAAGAGGUGUUUUGUCCAAAUACCAGAGAUUAGUGUCAGAUGCAUCCAAGGGUUGUGUUCUGGACGCUGACUACUACUAA